AUGCACAAGCAAGAGAAAAUUUUAAUGGAGAGACCAGACAUAAUAGCUUGGCGAGCUAAAUAUCUAACACAGAUGCGAGUGAAUCGUAGUGCUGCUGCUCCUCGACCUGUUAUUUAUCUGGAUGAAACUUACAUCCAUGCUUCGUACGGUGUGACCAAAUGCUGGAAAAGUGAAGAUGAAGAAGGAGUUCUAUCUUCCAAUGCAAAGGGAGCUCGCUGGAUAAUAGUGCAUGCUGAAGGGGAAAAUGGUUUCGUGCCCAAUGCUAGGGUGAUUUUUAAGUCACAAACAAAAUCCGGUGAUUACCGCAAUGAUAUGAACCAAACAAAUUUCAUGAAGUGGUUGAAAGAAAAACUUGUACCUAAUCAUCCUAAUGGA